CGGAUAUAGCACAGAAACACGCUUGCACACGCUCAGUCAGUCACUCAGUCAGCCGCUCAGUCAGGCAGACAAAGAAGAGCAACAUCCUGCAGGAGGACAGCACGCUCCCGGGGGAUGGGGCAUCAUACCCCUGCAUCGCGUUGGGGGGGCCGGAGGAGGCACAGGAGAGCCAUUCAGAAGAGCCGGGGGUCAAAGGUGAGAAGAGCAGAGGGCACCAUGGAGAGUGAGCCAGGGGCCCCUGCCUCCACGGCCAACAGCACCGGCUCCACCUCCACCUCCUCCAUGACCACCGCCUCCUCCAACACAGCUGCCGGCAGUAGUAGUACCUCUAACACUACUACUACUGCUUCUACCACUUCCACUAGCAGUAGUAAUAGUAGUAGCAGCGGUGGUAGUAGUAACACUAGCAGUACCACUAGCAGCACUACAACAGGAAGACAGGCAGUGCCUCAGAUAUCCGUUUACAGUGGGAUUCCUGACCGACAAACAGUGCAGGUGUUCCAGCAGGCGUUACACAGACAGCCUAACACAGCAGCACAGUACCUGCAGCAGAUGUACGCUGCUCAGCAGCAGCAUCUGAUGCUGCAAACCGCAGCCCUCCAGCAGCAGCACAACCUCAGCACUGCUCAGCUCCAGAGCCUGGCUGCUGUACAACAGGCCAGUAUCGCAGCUGGCCGGCAAAGCUCUUCACAGAAUGGCACUUCAUCCCAGCAAACAGGAUCUACUCAGGCUACGAUCAACCUGACCACCUCCCCAGCGGCAGCUCAGCUGAUCAGCCGGGCCCAGAGCAUUAGUUCCACCCCCACCAGUAUAUCCCAGCAGGCUGUUCUGCUGGGCAGCCCAUCUAGCCCCACUCUCACGGCCAGCCAGGCACAGAUGUACCUACGUGCACAGAUGGCCCAGCAGAGUAACCUGGUGCAGGUGGCCAGGAGCCUUGGCCGGGCUGUUCCUCUGUCCCCACAACUCAUCUUUACUCCAACAGCCACAGUGACAGCUGUCCAGUCAGAGAACUCUACGCAGGCUUCCUCACAGAAUCAGGUCCAGAAUCUGGCCAUCCGUGGCCAGCAGGUGGCGACCACGUCCUCCUCUCAGACUCAGACCCUGCAGGCACUCAGUCUGAAGCAGAGCCCUGUGCCCAUUCAGCCGGCUUCAAUGAUCAAGAAUCCCAGCCAAGUAAUGCAGGCCUCCACAGGAGGGAAAGCCAGCUCCUCCGACAGUUUGUCUGAAGCAGGGAAGAAGGGGGACAGCGCAGCAGUCACAGAAGUCCGAGCUAUAAACAUGAGUCGCAGUGUCACAGCUGUCAGUGCUCAGCCUCUGAUCGCGCCAGCAUACACACAGAUUCAACCCCACUCCCUGGUUCAGCAGCACAAGCAGCAGCAGCAGCAGUUUGUGGUCCAUCAGAGUCAAGGUUCCCAGAGGGCCGCGGGCCAGCUGCUGCAGACGGCCUCCAUUCAGCCGUCACAGCACCCUGUCCCUGUACUGCCCAAACCUGCUCCAAACCAACCCUCCACGCCCAGCCAGCAGGCCACCAUCUUCCAUUCUACCAUCAGCCCCCACGCCCUCCACUCCUCCCUCAACCAUGCCAAAGCUCAGCCUGUCCAGCUCACUGCCAUCAACCUACAAAUACAGCCAACAGCCUCUCGACUGCUUCAGGACUGCAAAGAUAAGCCAACAUCACUGGUGGUCAGAGAGACGUGUCCAACCCCCAGCACACAUCAACAGCAGCCGCAACAACAACAACAACAACAACAACAACAGCAACAGCAACAACCUGCGCCUGCGCCUUUGCAACCCUCAAAGCCCAUAGAGCAGCCCAAGGUCAGCCCAUCCACACCAGCUGUUCAGCCACAAGGAGGGGGCUCAACCAAGAGGCCGAGCGCUGCACCUGGGACCCCACCUCCAGCCAUGACCUCAGGAAAUGAGAGCGAGGCGCCCACCGUGACGGGCAGCACGCCGCAGAACGGAGAGAACAAACCGCCCCAGGCCAUCGUCAAGCCCCAGGUCCUCACACAUGUCAUCGAAGGCUUUGUCAUUCAGGAGGGGGCCGAGCCGUUCCCCGUGUGUGUGGAGCGUCUGCCCAUUCUUAUCGACAGCCCGAAGAAGCUGGACCAUCAGCUCUCUUCAGACCCCGACAAAACCCCGGUCAGCAACGCAGCAAACACCGACUCAGAGCCUGAGGACAUGAACCCGCCAGAAAAAGAGCAAGAACCCAAGCUGACCUGUGAAUACUGUGGCUGGGUCGACUUUGCCUACACGUUCAAAGGCUCUAAAAGAUUCUGCUCAAUGGUUUGUGCAAAGAGGUACAAUGUGGGCUGUACGAAGCGGAUAGGCCUUUUCCGACCAGAGAGGAGUAAACCAACAAACCGCUGGCGUAGAAGAUCUCAGGGCCGCCCCAGUAUAGAGGCAAAGAAGCAGAAGCUGGCCCCCUCCCUGCAGCAGACUCAGGGCGGCUCUGUAUCCUCACCGCAUCCCUCGCAGCCCAGUCAGGAGGAGUCUAGCCCGUGUUCGGACAUGUCCAGCUACGAGGAGCCGCCGUCUCCCCUGUCAGCCGCCAGCUCGGGACCCCUGGCCCCCGCUCCAGCCCCAGCUCAGGUCCCCGUCCACCGGUAUCCGAGCAGGGCCUCGGUCCAGGAGAGCUGCGCUGAGAGAGACGCGCCUUCGCACUGUCAGCGCUUCUUACCCAACGACCCCACCAACUGGAAUGUGGAGGAAGUUUACGAGUUCAUCCGUUCACUGCCAGGUUGUCAGGAGAUAGCAGACGAGUUUCGCUCUCAGGAGAUCGAUGGGCAGGCCUUGCUUCUGUUAAAGGAGGACCAUCUCAUGAGCACCAUGAACAUUAAACUGGGACCCGCACUCAAGAUCUUCGCACGCAUCAACAUGCUCAAAGACUCUUAGCAGGAUCUCUGUGUGUGUGUGUGUGUGAGUGUGUGUGAAAUGUGUGUCGUGUGUGUGUUUGUAAGUGUAUGAGAGAAAGGCAGAGUGUAAAACUGGCACAGGGCAAAUGAUGCGUCAUCGUAGCACUGACAACACAGACUGACUGCACUAUGACCUCACCUUCUCCCCACUACUGGACUGGUUCCUUUGAUAGAGAAUCUCACUUUAGCUGGCAGGACUGAUGGUGGUUAUAUUAGAGUUUCUGUUUGAGGACUGGAAGCUGUUGUCUCUGUGUUUUCAUGCACUCACAGCAGUUCUUUGCUAGUUAGAAACAAUGAAGGCGAUCUACAUCGAUCUGCGAUCUGUGCCAAAUUACAAAAUGCUGAUUCUCACAUUAAAUGAGUGAAUAUAUUUGAUUUACACCUGGUGUUAACAUGCAAGUCGUAUCUGGAUAAAGAACAACGCAGGGCUGAUUCACAUCCUUCAAAGCUUUGACUGUUGCUAUGGUAAUUGACAUCCAAAUCAACAGGGAGAGAGAGAAACAAUAAAGG